AUGCCGCCGAGGAAGAAGCCCUUUAGCGGGAAGGCCAAGAAGCAGCAGGUACGGAUGCACUAUAUGUCGUUAUCAUUGCCGCAUGCACCACAAACGGUUUCUUUUGGCAAUGGGGACCUACGCACGAUUUUCCAGAGAGAAUCCCAGGCCGCUGUCGAGGCAAGGAAGAAGGACGCGACGCGAGAGCUCGUGUAUGCAGAGGAUCGUGGAAAUUCGCACUCAAUAUACGCAUAUGACAUCCAAAGUCCAGUUAAUCAGCCGCGCAUAUUGUCAAAACCCGAAUGGUCUCGGGACAUGACGCCGGGGGAGCUGAACGAAGUAGACGAUCGGGCUUUCAAGGAGUGGGUGGAUUAUCUCGACCAAGAGGCAUUAAAUCGUGAGGACGGCGCGCAGCUCAAUUUGUACGAGCGGAACCUGGAGGUCUGGCGGCAGCUGUGGCGCGUAGUGGAGCGCUCCUCUGUGCUGGUGCAUCUCGCUGACGCUCGCUGCCCGCUAUUGCACAUUAGCGACCAAUUAAUGACGCAUAUCCGAACGAAGUUCCCGCGGAAACGCAUGAUGCUAGUGCUGACAAAAACCGACUUGGUGGCGAAAAAUCGCGUCCAGGAGUGGUCGACUUACUUACAGGCACGGUAUGGACAAGAUAUUCCAGUUCUAGCCUACAGUCGCGACAAGGUAGACGACAGCAAUGCUACCCUGAUGCGAACUGUUGGGGAAGUUAGUAGUGCUAUCGAAUACCAAAACCUCAAUAAUGACUCCACCGCAGAAGACAGACGCAAGGACACACUUACAAUCGGAUUUGUCGGAGAGCCGAAUGUCGGCAAGAGCUCCCUACUUAACAGCCUCUUUGACCGCAAGCUCGUGAGUGUAUCAGCCACUCCUGGACAUACCAAGCACCUGCAAACGCACUACUUUGAGCGCGUAGAAAUGCUGAAGCGCAGCGACGACGUCUUCUCGCGCGUGCUCGUGUGCGACUGCCCUGGUGUCGUAUUCCCGCGCUUCAACGUGCCGGUGCUGCUACAGAUCUUGUUCGGCAGCUACCCGAUUGCCCAGACACGUGAGCCAUUUAGUGCCGUGCGAUUCAUCGCCGAGAACUGCGUGCCGCAUCUGCAUGAGGUCUACAAGCUCAAGCCUCUGGAGGAAGAUGACGAGUGGUGCCCCUUCACAUUGUGCGAGUCCUACGCGCAGCUCCGCGGCUUCCGAGUUAAAGGUGGCAAGAUGGACGUGCACCGCGCCGCCAACACUCUGCUGCGCGACACACUAAACGGUAAGAAGGUGGUGCUAUCAUUCCCCCCGCCAGCAGCGACGUAG